AUGACGACUCCGCAGCAUGCCUACCUAUCUUUCGAUCCGCAAUUUUCUGCUGCAGAUAACACUCCUGAAAAUCUCAAGUCCUAUUGUCACCCGGCUGCCGUCAGUACCUUUGACUGUUACUUUCUUGGAGCUAAGUCAAGCUUCGGCUGUUCUCCUGAGGACAGGAUAGACAAGAGUGGCCUAUUCCCGACUGUGAAAAGAAACCCUUUCGAGGUCAAGGAAACAGCGCGUAUGGAAUUUCUGCUCGAGUUUCAGCCUGACGGAGACGGUGCCGAUGUCAACACGGAAGACAUCGACUACUUCUCCACUCAGGCACUUGUUGAAGUGCGAGGAGUAUUCCGAAACUUCCGCUUCUGCGACCGAUUCAUAAGCUACGUCUACGAUGACGGUUUCAUCCAUGUGAUUCAAAUGCUCGGACGCUAUGCCGAUCUUACUGAUGGUAGCAUCGAAAUUCUUGGUGGGCAAGGUCAUACGACGCAGAAAGCCUGGGGUCAGUGGCGCACUGGGCCGCCUAUGAUUUCACUCAGCAGUCCCAGUACCUGGGCGCUGGAUCUUUAUGGGGUCCAACCCCGCCUUCAUGGGGUGGAGUUCCAGCGAAUGAAGGUUGAAUUAGGAUCAAGAGAGAUUGAACAAGAACGAUAG